CCGUAAUAAUGAUCACCCGUAAUCACCGUAGGCAGUUGUAAUUUGGUCGGUGUUCACGACCAGCGCGGCAGCGAGAACCAAACCCAUGUAGUGGUUGGAAUAUCGAACCUCGUAUCGUUUGAUAAGUUCGUGACCAAGCGAUGAGUGGACAAAACGAAAUUGUACCGACAGGGAAAAGCCCGUGUGUACUCAAAGUCAUACUGGUCGUGUUUUACCUCGUGCUAUUCGUCCGCACUCUCUCAAAGCUUGUCAAUGAUGCCUGAAGCGGUUUCUCAUUGGCCGAUAAAAGUCUCGCAUGUAUGAAAGAAGAAGUAAAAAUACAAAUCAAAUUCGGGGGCAUGGCGGUGAUCUACCGGAAGUUCGGAAGAAAAAGAGGGUUAUCGACUGUUCUGCACUUCGUCAUGGCCACGGCCUCGUUCAAUCUUCUAGAUUUCCUGGGUUUCCGGUUCUUCUUUUACACCGCGGUUGGAUUUUUCAUAUCAGUUGCCGUCGCAAUACCGAUCCUAAUUUACUAUCCUUUUUCAAAAUGGUCGAGGAAGAGCUGGCUACGGUUUAUCAAGUGGAGAUAUCCAAACUGGACAAUCGUCGAGGAAGUAUCCGUCAGAGGAAUUCUGGACCAGGGAAGAAAUCAGGGUAUUUACACGCUGCUGUUGCAAGGAAAGUCCAUCACAGACGGAGUUAGAAGCCACCUUCUGCAGCUCACGUCAACGAGACCCAUGCUGCGAUCGGUUCUGCGAAAAAUGUGGGGAUUUUACGGUUGGAGACAAGUCGACGAGUUCAGGGUCGAGAAUCACUUGAUAAAUGCUUCGUGUUCGUUCAAAGGCAGACCGAUCACAGAGUCGAAUUUACAGGAGUUUGUCAACGACGUGACGUCGAAGUUUCUCUCGCCAAAUUUCUCACCCUGGCAAGUAUUCGUCGCGACCUGUUUCCUGAACGGCGAAGAAACGAAGGUCUGCAUCGUUAGAGUUCACCAUCUGAUACUGAGACGCGAGCACCUGACCUUGGCCGAUUUCUUGCCGCUGAAAUACUCUUCGGAAAAUUGGGAGUACCAGAAGAGCGAUUCUCCCCUCACAAAUCUCUACUCCGAGCCAUCGGCCUUGCCCCGUUUGCACCAAAUGCUCACUGAGAGUUUCAGCAACUACUGGAACGAGUUUCUCUGCAACAACGACCCGGCCGAGAAUCCGGCGAUACUGAAGAAGUCGAUCGGCGGCUUCCAAUGCGUGAAAAUCGGGGUGAUAGUGUGGGUAUCGACGGUCAAGGAGGUCACCAGGUGCUACAAGAAGGUCGACGGCUUCCGUUUCAUCGAGGUCUUCGCCAUCCUGCGACGAGAAGCCUCGAAGAGAAACUUCCGGACCUCGGUUAUCUUCUGGGCUUUCAUGAACGUCGUUAAUCCCGUAGAAAUCUUCUACUCAAGCAUCCACUGGAUGUGGUACAUAUGCGUGACGUUCAUCCUGAAGACGCCCAUCCUCCUCGUCCGAGAACUGAACGCUCUGCGUUCGUCGCAAAAGCACUUUCACCCCGACACCCUGACAUCGGUGUUGGCCUGCUACCUGCCGCUGGUGUUCCAGACGAUCGCUGAGCUCACAUCGAUAGCCGCGAUCGUUGUAACAGCCCCGAAGCUCAUUCUGGAAGAGCUCUUCUUCAAGUCCUCGGAGACGAAUCACUUGCAGACGAUAUCACUAUGCGGUAGAAAAAUCGUCGCGUGGUCCGAGGAGGUGGAGAUCGAAACGAUCAGCAAAAUAUCAAGCGUGACCGGAGCAUCCGAGGCGGAGAUUCUCCUCGCUGCAACCGCUGCGUCCUUCAAGGAGUACUUCAAACAGUCGGGACUACAAACACCGGCGGAAAUACUGGUCACAGCAAAGUUCGUCAGUCAGAGAGCUCUCUUCCUCAGGAAUCAGGAGACCAGAGGUGUCCUGUGCCUCGGACUUCCCACCAAGACACCUCUCCUCGAUGACAAUCCGCUCGAGACGUUGCAGGUGAUUCAGGAGAACGUCCACAAGGCCAGGUCCAAACAAAAAGCCACCUACGCCAUUUCAGCCGCCGAAUCGUCGACCGGUUUGGUCUCAUCUUACGUACCUUCGAUCCUCCUCAAACUAGCUCUGCUUUACCUCACGAGGAGGUACUCCCUCUCCCUGACCCACGUGGACGGCGAUCUUCCCGUCGAAGGCGUCGACGCCGCCAUGUACUGGCGACCUCCUCAAGGAUACUGCAGUAUGUCGGUUACGCUGCACAGACACGGUGGGGGAGUUCGACUGGGAGUUAUUGGAGACGCGAUGAUCGGGCCGCACCAUUUCCUCAUCACAAAGGCCUUCCGGAGGAGCGUCCAAGAGUUGGCAGUCACCGUUGGAGUUCCCAGGACACCGAGCAGGAGUCGAAGUCCAAGUCCAGCCAGUCCGCUGGGUUCAGCGAGUCCUACCACAUCUCCGGGGUAUUAGGUCAAAGAAUGGUCAGUUGGGAAUUAGGAUGGGGAUAACCGAUCUUGAGUAACGGAUCAAAAACGGGUUCAAACGAUCCCUGCACCGUCGAUAUUAAUUCUUGCUUCCGCAUGUGGAAUCUUCCAUUUUCGAAUUUACAAUUGGUACUGAGCUAUAAGGCUGUGAGUUGUAACGUGAAGCGAAGCACCACUUUUUUCUUACACACCAGAAAUUGGGAUAAUUUAAAAUCUGUCUUCAGGAGGUUGAUAUUAUUGUAUAAGUAUAUAAAUUGGAUACUGGCACGGUAGUACCUACGUUAAGUUUACGAGUAGAAAUAAAAAUUGAGAAAACAAUCGUUUUUUAUACGUGACUAUAAUCGCGUAAGUUUUACACCGUAUAGUACAAUAAUGGGAAUUAUACAAUUUUUUGAUGAGUAUACCUAUAAGAAAAAUUAUCAACGCUGCAGGUGCCGCUGGUCGAUAAACAUUAUGAAUGGGAUCAGCGAAAAAUCCUAAAACUGUAAUUGUGUAAUGCAGUUUUUUACAAUAUUCAAGAUUCAUGGUUGUAAUUUACAUAUACCAAUUCUAUCGUCAUAAUAGUUAGUAUAUGUGUGAUAUUUUAUUCACAGAUGCAAUAUUGUUAUACACGUUAUUGAACAGAUUAUUUGACUCAUUUCACAUGGUAAAUAUAUGAUGAAUUUCAACUUUUAUUUUGUUAUCAUUAUUUUUGAUUAUUUUUUAUUUUAUUUCUUUUUUAAUUAGUUAAUAACACGUUACUUUUUUUGGUGACAACACGGUGACAAAUUGCUAUAUUUAUGCAUAAAAUUUAUGGCAAAAUUGUUUCGGCAAUACAUUUAAUAUAUUAUAUAGGUAUAACUACACAGUUUAUGCCAAUCUGUUUGGAAUGAAAUACACAACCUGUUUUAGAAGCAACGCUGGGCGAAACUCUGAUUAUGGAUAAUCCAUUACGUACAGGAAACUUAUAGCCUCACAACCUAAGCCUUGUGUAUAUUCUCGAGCUGAAUAUGGACAUUAUUUGGCAAUGAUACCUUAUCGACAGCAUUGAGUACAUACGAGGUAAAUAAAGGAAUUGAACGAGUUUUGAAAUAAAACAUUAUGCUUGGAUAUUAAAUGAACAAUCUGUUCGCCGUUGAUUGAUUAAUUAAUGAACAGAUUGAAUUUUGUUAUAGUGGUUUUAGUUUUUAUUACAUUUUAUACUGUUUUUUUUUCUUCCUUUCGAAGGCAUAACGUUUGUAAGGUUUCAAAAACUUUAUUUAUAAUUCUAGUCUGUUUAAAAAGACGAAAAUGGAACAUGUAUCAACGACACUUUAAUAUAAUGUACGUAUAGAAGCUAAAUAAAUGAAGAUUCGA